AUGGCUCCAAAUAAAAAAUAUUGGUUACUCAAUUUGCUCUUUGUUGGCGUUGACUUUUUUCACUACGCUAGCGGCCAGUGUAUUGGAACUGGGGAAAUUAUCAGAACAGGUAGAGGCGCGAUCCAAUCUCCAAAUUAUUUAGAUGAGCAAGGAAAGGAAGCUGAAUGUUCAUGGAAGUUUGUGUUACCUGAAAAGAAUUACAUGUUGAAUUUGACUAUUGUCUAUCAGAGACUCUACUUCGUUAAAGAUUCAAAUCCACAUUGCAUUGGAUCUUACAUUUUAACAAUAAACAACGUGACAAGACGAUGCGAUAAAUAUAUUAACUGGCCGACUUACACUGUAGCGGAAUCCAUUUUAUUCUACAACUCGGAUAUCUGUGAUGAUGCUACUAAUCCACCACAAGAAGGCGUGGCGGUUUGCUAUGUAUCUGACGGUGGAACAACAGCCGGGUAUAUAGGGUCAUCGAUAGGUUUUCGAAUUGAAUACAGAUUCACCGAGUGUGCUGAAGAAACAACGACUAAAUACGACCAACAAGCGAGUACCGAUCCAAAACACAACCCUCCUGUUCCUACCACAAAAGUAGGCCCCCCCUCGACCGUUGCUACAAUAACUACAACUGAGGAUACACAGGCAGGCGCGACGACAGAGUGUGACAUUGAAGGGCCGACUACAAGGGCAAAUCCUGUUGAAACCGGGAGCACUCGGGAAUAUUUCACAAGUGAUUCAAGUCCAAUUACAGACAACGACGCUAUAAUAUCCAUAGAUACUGAUGGCACCAAUUCAGAUGGAAUAAGCGACACUGCCAAGCUUUUCCUCGUUUCUAUCCCAGGAUUCGUUGGCAUUAUAACACUUGUGGCGACUGCAAUUGCAUUCUGCAGGAAGAAAGGAGACAAAUCUCAAGAUGGGAACAAAGUUGAACAAGAGAAUGGGGGCAGCAAUCAGAUGGAAAACGUUGAAUCUCCAAUUCAAGAACUGGGACAAGAGGCUGCUGAAGCGGCGGAACUUGAUGAGGCGACAACUUCAACAAUUCAAGAGGAAGAAUCUCCGUAUACAAUCAUGUAUUCUGCUAUUGCCCGGAAAGACGAAGAGGAAGAUAAAAAAAAAUCCUCAUGCGAUGAAGAAAAACCUUCGGCGAUUGAAGACGAGCAGAAACACGAAAUGUAUUCUGCGGUUAUACGGAAGACUGAAGGAGGUGACAAAGAGACGAUUCAUGUGUGAUCACCCGAUAGUUGUCCUGCUGCUACCUACGAUGACGGACUGCUUAUGUUUUAGAUAUCUGCCUUGCUAGUCAGAUUUCGAUUUUCAAAAUAUAGCCCAAACUCAUAGUGAAAGCGAGAAGGGGUACAGGGAAUUAAUUAACAGACACGCCGUUUUCUUGUUGUUUGUCUUCGACAGACGUGGUCAUUUUGUAAUUGGGGUUGUUUUCUUUGUAAUUAAUUACUGGGCCAAUCGCAUUCAAAUCUUAUGUCCUACAAGCUAAAAAGGUAAUAAUAACAUAUCUUUUAUUGACUCUCUGAAACACUUUGCUUCACCCCACAUUUUUCUCGAUUUUCCAUCUAACACUAUCUGCCAGAUUUCAUCCAUCGAAAUAAGCCAGUUCACGGUGCUCGGCACCAGUACCCCCUCCGGUUUUGUUCAUUUAUUUCAAUGUUUUAUAUUAGUAUUAGACUCUUAAUAUCAACAAUUUUUCAAGAAUUUAAUCGACUUCCUACGUUUUGUAUAAGUGUCUCUCAACUAUUUCUGGGUUCCUUUUAAUUGAAUUGACUGA